ACGAGAUGCUUUUCUUCGGUUUAUAGGAUUGGAUAUGCCGACCAGAAAACACCACGAUGAAAGAGAAUACAGACACUGGCACAUCGUCAACAUCCCUGAAAAUCAGAUUAAUCAAGGCGAAACACUUGCAGAAUACAUUGGACCUAUGUAUACCAACGAAGACGGGCUUCACAGGUUCAUAUUUUUUAUAUUUGCUCAACCUAACAAGACAAAAAUGCACUUCGACGAGAAAAAAUUGACGAAAACAGUUCACGGAAAGGAGCGGGUUAAUUUUCAUACAAUGGAGUUUGCUGAGAAGUACGGACUGGGAGAGCCACUUUGCGUCAAUUAUUUUUUAAUGGACAGGAUGGCACCAACAGAGCCUCCAACUCCACCCAUGAUUUGAUAUUUUUUGCUUCUGAUAAAAUUUAAUUUAAAUCAUCAAGAAUUUAUCGGGAUCGAGAACUUAGUAAUCUCUUUCUGGUCGGAAGGGAUAGUUUCAAUAAAUGUUGAUUCCGAAUACGUGAGAAUUUAUCAAAAAAAUAAUAGGCAUUUUCCACGAGCAGUGGCGUGGCCAAAAAUUUUCAUACGAGAGAUCUAUGGUCAAAAAUUUCUGAUGGAGCGGGGGAUGGUAAAAAAAUGAGAAGCUUCUGGCUCUCACAAAAAGUUGGAUUUGUUGACAAUUUUCCAUCUCCCUUAAAUCCCUCUCCAUUGGAUGCGCCACUGAUGUAUAUUAUGCUUAGAGUACCGAAAAACUGGUCCCGCUCUCCUCUUGGAUGAUUGUAGUGCCAAUACGACGAUUAGAUUCACAUUAAAGAUCCGUUUGGUUUUUUUAAUGCAGCUUGCCAUUAAUGUUCUGUUUGGUUUUUUUAAUGAAGCUUGAAGAUAUAAUGCUUUAAAAACUGAUGGCGCACAUAAUCGAAUCAACAUGUAAGGCCAAAAUACCGCCUUUGCAAAGCUAACGCGUUAACGUGAGUGAAAAUUAAGUGAGAAAAGUAAGAUUUCUGUGGAUUUAUACGUGAAGUGGUGCGGCUACAAUAAACUAAGAUUCUUGUUCUCAAA